AUGGAUGAUGCUUUAUCAAAGUAUGACGAGAGCUUACAAGCACUGGAAAAACAAAGAGAAAGUCUUGAGCUUGUCAUGAAAAGAAUGGGUGCAGAAUGGGAGGAAAGUGGCGCUGGAAUUGGUUGGCUGGGAGACAUCAUGUCAAAUGCAUCCUCCAGCGAUCAACAAGACGACCUAGCUCACGAACCGUCAUCAUCUGCUUCUUCCUAUUCUGCAACACACCCUUCUUCAUCCUCGAUACUCAAGAAACAAAGUCUGCCAUUAUUUCACAUGAUGCAAACAAAUGCUGGACCAUCGCACGAUUAUUUGCAAACACUCUUGAAUGUGAAUGAUGAAUUACUAGCUCAGAGCUUAGCGUCAUCUGCCAGCAUGGAAGGAGACGUUGCUCCCGAUGCCUCCAACACUCAUAGCAAUACCCGUGAAUACACUAUCACCAUCAACCCUCUUUCUUCAUCCUCUAAUAUCAACGACAUCAGCGCGUUUGCUGCCCAGCAACAGCAGCAACAACAACUCAUCUCGCCUCCCCUGACGGAACAGGACCAUCAAGUCGUUGAAAGCAUGCAGUCGUUAUUGAACUCGCAGCAACCACCACAAGAUGCAUUGAAAUCAGCCCUUCCUUCAUCCGCUCAGCAACCUCAGUUGGUUACUCCUCCCAUCACCCCUCCUGAGGAAUAA